AUGGCGACAACUGCUGUACUUCACGCUAACGAUACUCAUAAGACCGAACAGUCUCCGCAUUCGAUUCACACGAGUUCGCCACUUGUCCGUAGUUAUUCCCCUAAUCAAAAUUCAGUCUAUAAUGUGGCGGGAGUAUCUCCAACUGAAGGUGCAACGGCAGCUAGCUGUGCUAACACAAACUUUCAACAAGGCAAUUACCAGCUUCCAACCACUAGAGAUGCCUUUCAGGACUUAACUCCUGAACCUCCAGCUGAAGAAUGCCCCCCACAAGUUCAAGUUUGUUCGGCAAACUUUAUUGGUUCAUCAUCAGUCAACACUACUGAUGCCACCGAAGUUACAAUUAUAUGUGAUCCGUUUUACGAACCAUCUCCGCGCAGUCGAGCACCUUCCACCGUGCAACCACCAGUUUAUCCAAAUAUGGGAGAUCCCAAAUGUAGCGGUAUUCGCUUAGAUUUGCCAAGAAAUGCACGCGUACCGUACCCGGAUUCAGCUUUUGAAGCUGUAGCUAUGCUGAACAAAGCCUUUGGGAAUCUGCCCCCAGCGCCUAUGUAUAAUAUUCCUAAUCGUGGAAGGCCAGUGCAGUAUAUGACAGGUCCACCUCGAGGUGUUUAUCCGGGUGCCAUGAAUUCUUGCGGGGUUUCCCCUUCAUAUCCAGCCCCAACGCCUUCACCCAGUGGCAUGUCUCCUUCUUAUAUGCAGCAGGUUCGGGCGAUGGGAUGUAGUAAGCCGUGCAGCUCUCAAAUGCCCGGACCCUACGGUUUUCCGAAUGUGCCUUAUGGACCUAACAGUGUGAUGCCAAGUUUAAAGAAGAGCCAGACAACAGCCGGGGGAAGAAGAAAGCAAAGCGCAAAAGCUGCUGUGGAAGAAAGGGCACCAAAAACAAUGCGGAAAAUGGAGUUUACGGUGCCCUGCGGAAAUAUGUAUGAGCAAGUGGGUGAUAUGGGACGACCUUCCACAAGUGCAGCAAAUAGUUUUGGUCCAAUGCCACCCGUAAUGGCUACAAAUCCCGCUCUUAUGGGAGGUCAACCUUCGUCCACACCAAGUCCUCCAAAUCCUCAAAUGGUGAUGCAUGGAGGGCGCUCGCAGUUCCCAUAUGACGGUUCGAUGAUGAGCAAUAGUAACCCAAAUAUGCAGCCUUAUCAGCCCAUUCAGCAAAUGAACAGUCAAGACUGUGGGGGGAUGAUGCAACCUCCCUCUUUGUCUAUGCGUGUUAAUGGGCAAAUGAAUAAUACAAAGACGGCGGUUGAAAUGAAUCAACUUCAGAAACCUGGCAUGUUCCAACAGAAUACAGGGAUAAAUCCAGAUAUGCAGCCUGAUAACGUUCGCAUGUUUGAUGGUAGACCUGUAGACAAGAAUCCUCAAUAUCAGGUGACAAUAGCUAUGCACUCAAUGUCAUCUGCUCCAAGUGAUGUUUACGGGGGAAUGAAUGGAAAUAUGUCUAAUAAUUCUGGGUUCUCCCAGCUUGGGCCUAGUUCUCAACAUUGUGGCCUGUGCAAGGAAGAAAUAAGGGAAGGCCCUUCUAUUCAGUGUACCGGGAAUGGUCAGGGUUGUCUACGAUAUUUUCACCAGUCUUGCAGCCAAUUGUUGGCUGAACCUUUUCAAACAAUCCUGAAUGAGCCACGUGCAGAGUGGGUAUGUAACGAGUGUGAUAGGCAAAGACAGAUUUUGUAUUCUUGA